CUGUAAGCAUCCGCCCUCAUCUCCAGACGUAACCCAAGCAGCUCGCGGCAAUCUGGCCCCUCCCCCCAUGCAUCUCGCACAGCAGCUCAGUGCCUCUCCAAGCGCCAUCCAAUGCAUCGACAUGCACACAACCGGCGAGCCCACCAGAAUAAUAUACCAAGGCUACCCCGACCUGCAAGGAACACUGCUCGAACAGCGCUCCCAGGCAAAGCGCGACCACGACCACAUCCGGCGUCGCCUCAUCCUCGAACCCAGAGGCCAUCGCGACAUGUACGCAGCCGUCCUACGUCCUGAAACCGAACACACAAAAUCCGGCCAAGCCCACAUGGGCGUCAUCUUCCUCACCAACGAGGGCUACUCGACCAUGUGCGGCCACGCGACCAUCGCCCUAGCCCGCUUCCUACUGGACACUCACGACAAGAAAAUCUUUCCCAAACGUGACGACAUCAGGCUCAAUAGAAAGAAGCAAGACGCUGAACUAGUCCUCCACGCGCCAUGUGGUCUUGUGAAAGUCAUAGUUCCUACCACGGAAGAUGGCUCCCAGUCUCAUCCUUCCCACGCUUCGUACCAUUUAUCAGUCCCCUCGUUUGCGACAGGCAUAGACGUCCGAAUCGAGAUCCCGGAAGAAUACAGAUGGCCUGAAUUGCUCUCCAAAAAUCAAAACCAUGUCAUCGCGGAUUUCAGCUAUGGUGGGGCAUUCUACUGUCUAAUUUCAACCGACGAACUAGGCUUUCCAGGUCGAUUAGAACGUGGCAAAGUCAACCUAUCCGCGAUGGAUUUCGCAACGAAGAACUUGAAAGCUGCCAUAAACCAAGAUCCGAAACUCAAGUAUUUAUUCACUCAUCCAGAACACGAGGAUCUAGGUUUUCUAUAUUCCGUCAUUAUCGUAGACCAAGACUUCGAGAUUCCGAGGCGAAUUGACGAGACAACGAGAGCAGAAACCGGUCUCUGCUUUUUUGCCAAUCAACAAAUCGAUCGCUCGCCUACCGGAAGUGGAGUCGCAGCCCGCGUCGCGCUGGCGUAUGCCAAAGACCUUGAAUCCAAAGACGAAUCCGUGGCAUAUCACUCCAUGGUCUCUCGAUGCUGGGGUGGAAGGGGAGGAUUCGUAGGCAGUUUUUGGGAAGAAGUCGGCAAAACAGAACACAACUAUCCAAUCAUACAAGUCCAAAUCGAAGGACGAGCAUCGUAUACCGGAACCUCGACGUUCAUAGUUGAAGAAAGCGAUCCGUUGGGUGAUGACGGGUUUAUUUUUGAGAAUUUAUGUUGAGAGAAAGGAUCAAAGAUGAAACUCGGCCUUUUCUUGGUGGAACACAAGUAGCAGAGGCAGCACCUUCCACCGACGCAUUUUUUAACUGACACCGAUAAAAACUCCUUUCCCUUCAAGCCCCUCAACGAUAUUUAUUUCUAAGAGCAAAAUAAUAAUAAAAAAAAAGAAUAUCCCGUUAAAGCGGAAUCAGUCACCACGAAGAGCGCCGAUGAGACAGUAUCAAAUAUAUAUA